UAAUGUUAUCACCGGGUAUACCCUUGUAAAUACGAUUCAGCUACGACUUCCGGUUCUUUCCCACGCUUGUUUUGGAAAAGCCGGUCUAUCUUCAAAAACUCAUUUGUUUCAGCUUCUGUGAGAUAUCUCCAAGAUGGAUGCAGAUUUGUAUGAUGAGUUUGGCAACUACAUUGGCCCUGAACUGGACAGUGAUGAUGAUGACGAUGAUGAUGAAGAUGAUCGUGAUGAUGAGGAAUACAUGGACAGAGAUGAUGAUGAUGACGGAGAUCAUGAUGACAUGGAUGACCAGCCAGAGAUGUCCGUAGUGCUGCAUGAGGACAAAAAGUACUACCCCACAGCGGAGGAGGUGUAUGGGCCGGACGUGGAGACUAUUGUACAAGAAGAGGACACACAACCUUUAACAGAACCUAUCAUUGCUCCGGUGAAGAAGAAAAAGUUUUCCAUGGCUGAGCAAGAUCUUCCAGAAACUACUUACAAUAUGGAAUUUCUGGCUGAUUUGAUGGACUCUCCAGAACUGAUACGAAAUGUCACACUUUGUGGACACCUCCAUCAUGGCAAGACAUCGUUCGUGGACUGCCUCCUGGAGCAGACUCACCCCGACAUCCAGGGCCGGGCAGACAAGGAUAUGCGAUACACUGACACUCUAUUCACAGAACAGGAGCGAGGUGUAAGCAUCAAGUCGACGCCCAUCACUGUUGUGAUGCAGGACACAAAGAACAAGUCGUACCUGGUCAACGUCUUCGACACGCCAGGACAUGUGAACUUCUCAGAUGAGGCUACAGCUGCCAUGAGGCUCAGUGAUGGUGUCUGCAUUUUUGUCGAUGCUGCAGAAGGGGUGAUGUUGAAUACCGAGCGGCUUAUCAAGCAUGCUCUCCAUGAAAAACUUGCCAUCACCAUCUGCAUCAACAAGAUUGACCGCGUCAUUCUGGAGCUAAAACUGCCCCCAACUGAUGCCUACUACAAGCUACGCAACAUCCUGGAUGAGAUCAAUGGUAUCAUUAGCAUGUACUCAGAGGAGGAGGAUGGGCUGAUGAUCUCACCGCUGCUGGGCAACGUCUGCUUUGCCAGCUCGUACUACCGUUUCUGCUUCACACUCAAGUCCUUCGGCAAGAUCUAUGCCGACACAUAUGGUGGCAUCAAUGAGAGGUUUGCGAAGACUGUAUGGGGAGACAUUUAUUUCAACAGUAAAGCGAGGAAGUUUACAAAGAAGCCAGCCCACAACACGUCCCAGAGAAGCUUUGUGGAGUUCAUACUGGAACCCCUGUACAAGAUAUUUGCCCAGAUUGUCGGGGACGUUGAUGAGUGUCUGCCGCGAGUGUGUGAUGAGCUUGGAAUCCACCUCACUAAAGAAGAGCAGAAACUCAACAUCAAACCUCUGAUGAGGCUCAUCGGACGCCGGUUCUUCGGGGACUUCACAGGUUUUGUGGACAUGUGUGUGGAGCACCUCAGCUCACCAGUCCAGAAUGCAAAAAGUAAAAUCGAACACAUCUACACCGGCCCAUCAGACUCGGAGCUGGCGGAGGAAAUGUCGCACUGUGACCCAGAUGGCCCACUGAUGAUCCACACCACAAAACUGUUCCCCACGUCAGAUGGGACGAGCUUCCACGUGUUUGGUCGAGUGUUGAGUGGAACACUCUACUCCAACCAGGAAGUGAGGAUUCUUGGCGAGAACUACACGCUGCAAGACGAGGAGGACUCGCGUUUCGGGCAGGUCGGACGUCUUUGGAUUGCAGAAGCAAGGUAUAAGGUGGAGGUGAACCGAGUCCCUGCAGGGAACUGGGUGUUGAUAGAAGGCAUCGACCAGCCCAUAGUUAAGACCUCCACCAUCACAGACACUUCCAGCAACGAGGAGGUGUAUAUAUUCCGUCCUCUCAAGUUCAACACAAGCUCUGUGAUCAAGAUCGCAGUGGAACCAGUGAAUCCGUCUGAACUGCCUAAAAUGUUGGACGGGCUGAGAAAGGUCAACAAGAGUUAUCCCCUCCUGACCACGAAAGUUGAGGAGUCGGGCGAGCACAUCAUCCUGGGGACUGGAGAGCUGUACCUGGACUGUGUCAUGCACGACCUCCGCAAGAUGUACUCCGAGAUAGACAUCAAGGUGGCUGACCCAGUUGUGUCCUUCUGUGAGACGGUGGUGGAAACAUCUUCACUCAAGUGCUUCGCAGAAACACCCAACAAAAAGAAUAAGUUGACGAUGAUUGCUGAGCCCCUGGAGAAGGGGUUGGCGGAGGACAUCGAGAACGAGGUUGUGCAGAUCACGUGGCCCAGGAAGAAACUGGGAGAGUUCUUCCAGACAAAAUAUGACUGGGAUUUGCUGGCUGCUCGAUCUAUCUGGGCCUUCGGACCUGACGCCAUGGGGCCCAACAUCUUGGUGGACGAUACUCUGCCAUCUGAGGUUGACAAGUCAGUUCUGGGUUUGGUGAAGGACAGCAUCGUGCAGGGAUUCCAGUGGGCAACCAGAGAAGGGCCACUAUGUGAUGAACCAAUCCGUAACGUGAAGUUCAAGAUCCUGGAUGCCAUGAUUGCCGGGGAGCCGAUACACAGAGGUGGCGGUCAGAUCAUCCCCACAGCCAGGAGAGUGGCCUACUCUGCCUUCCUCAUGGCCACCCCACGUAUGAUGGAGCCCUACAACUUCGUGGAGGUGAUGGCGCCGGCUGACUGUGUGUCUGCGGUCUACACAGUGUUAGCAAAGAGAAGAGGUCACGCAUGACCCAGGAUG